CAUGAAUAGAGCAGACAAUUCAGCUUCCAUCCCGAUAGAUCUCAUUCUAGAGAUACUCUCGAGAUUGCCUUCAAAAUCAGUAGGGAGGUUUCAUUGCGUGUCCAAGCUAUGGCAAUCCAUGCUUAGUUGUCCAUAUUUCAAAGAGUUGUACUUGACCAGGUCAUCUGCUCGACCACGUCUCUUAUUUGUUGUCCACAGCGUUGGUGAGGAAAAGGAAGAGGAACUACACUUCUACUCGUCCUCACAGCCUCGAAUUCCUUAUGACAAGUCGUCUCUUGUAGUAGCCGCCGAUUAUCAUACGACGUUCCCUUCAGAACGUUGUAACUAUGCAUCUGGUUUGAUAUGUUUCCGUGUAAAGGGCUGCUCAGGGGAGGAAGCAAUGACUCUGAUAUGUAAUCCUAUCACGGGACAGUAUGCGGAGUUACCUAAAGUGAUCAUGUACAUUCCGUCAAAAGCAUUUUUAGGGUUUGAUCCAAUUGACAAACAAUUCAAGAUAUUGGUAGAUCAUCAUCCUUCUUUUCCUCCAAGGGAUCGUCAUAUAAUUUUGACAUUAGGAGUUCCAAAACUUGGGUGGAGGAGUGACAUCUGUUGUCCAAAAUACUACGGAUAUUUGUCUGAAGGAAUAUGCAUCAGUGGAGUUAUAUACUACCUAGUUUGUCCAAGGUACUCAAAAGGAGUAUAUGAAAUAGUUUGUUUUGAUGUUAGGUAUGAGGAGUUCAAGGUUAUAGAAGCACAAUGCUUUUACAAUCAUCAUCAAACUCUCCGAUUGAUAAACUAUAAGGGUAAAUUAGGUGGGAUUACUGGGAAUCUUAAUGACAGUGGUGCCAUUGAAUUGCGUAUGUGGGUUCUACAUGAUGCGGAGAAACAAGAAUGGUCGGAAUAUGUCUAUACUUUGCCUGAGAAUGAUGACGUUAAACUCCACGAUUUUACCGUUGCUGGAAUGACCACUAGAGGUGAAUUUGUUUUGUCUAUGAUCGAUACAUUUAAACCUUUUUAUGUUUUCUACUUCAAUCCCGAAAAGAACGUUCUCAGGAGUGUUGAAAUCCAAGGUUUUGGUGAGGAUGUUAGUAGCGUUAAAGUCUUUGUAGACCAUGUGGAGGAUUUCAACUUUUUUAAAAGAGAGUCUAGCUAG